CAUAAUAAAUGCACUGUUAUCUUCUCUGUGCUGCCCUUGGCGCCAUUCAUGAUUAGUUCACUGAAGUUGAAAGGUUCUGGUGUAAGUGUGAAGAUGUAAGUAAAGCGAGGGCCAGGAUGAACACGGCGCUGAAACACUGGCGGGAGGCGGCUACUGUGAUCUUGGCGGCCGGCCUUAGACACGCUCAGAGCGCGGACUCUCUCAAAACAGGUCUGGAGAGGGUCACUCAUAUAGCGCACAGAUCCGCCUUUGAUUAUGAAGUGCUGCUGCUGAAACGGAGCGGUAACAGCGGGUUCAUGCCCAAUGCCUACGUGUUUCCCGGGGGGCUGGUGGACGCGUCUGAUUUCUCCAGCGAGUGGCAGGAGGUCUUUCAGUUCUUUACGAAAGCGCCCAACUACGGCAUCGGAGUCGUGAAGCAGCCGCCGGAGACCAGGCCGCCCAUCUUCGCCACUGACAGAGCGCAGCUGGGCUCCCCGAUCCCCGGAGACGUGGCGUUCAGGAUAUGUGCGGUGAGGGAGACGUUUGAGGAGUCCGGUGUGCUCCUGGCGGUCCCCAAACACGAGGAAAGCGGGAUUCGCGUGCGCACAGAGGACGCUCGUGACAGUGACCCCCAGCCAGCCCUGACCUCUCUGAGGGGACUGUGGGACAGGGACGUGCUGUCCAGGUGGAGACCUCUAGUUAUUGGGGACUCGGCGAAUUUUAUUAAGAUGUGCAAGGAGCUGCAGUGUCUGCCCAACAUCUGGGCUCUGCACGAGUGGGGCAACUGGCUGACCCCUAUAGGCACGCGCCGCAAACAGAGGCGCUACGACACAGCCUUCUACAUCUGCUUCCUGCGCGACGCGCCGCACACGCUUCACGACGAGAAGGAAAUCGUUCAUUUCAAGUGGUCUACUCCCUCUGAAGUGCUGCACAGCUAUGAAUCAAAGGAGAUCUGGAUCGCUCCACCUCAGUUCUACGAGCUUGCACGCAUGUGCCGGUUUCCAGCGCUCAGGGAUCUCCAUGGCUUUGCCUGGCAGAGGGCUCUGGAGGGCUGCGAACAUUGGCUGCCUAUUCUCCUGGUGGCACCUGACUGCUUAGCAAGCAUUUUACCAGGGGAUGCACUGUACCCGGAAAAAGUGGACCCUUCUGGAAGGAGUGGCGGCGUGAUGAAAACUGAGAAAAGACUUGAAGAGCUCCAGCGGGACAGCACCAACCUGCACCGUGUCAUUGGUCGGGAUCCAUAUUCGAUAACGAUCCAAAUGAACAUCACACCCAAGUAUAACCACCUGUCUCCUCUCUGCGGUGCAGAUGUGGACAGCCCCUCCAAAGACCAGAGUAAACUCUGACACUUACCUGCCAAACCGUGGCAGCACCGAUGUUCAGAAAAGAGUUUAUUUUUUUUUAAACUGCUCUUUUCUACCUCGCGAUGAGGCACUUGAGCGGAGUGUAGUUCAAUAUGCGGUCUCGCUAACUCUUGAAAGAUGAUAAACAAUGACUACCUUGUUGAUGUGACAGCUGCUACUACCAUGUAUUUCUUUAUAACAUGGUCAUGAGCUCUUUUAAAGUGCAUUAAAAAAAAAGUCUAACAGAUGUAAAGUUUGAAUUGUCACAGUUCGUCAUUAAUGUAAUACUGCAGAUGAGACAGUAAAAGGAAAAUGCUACUGAAUGUUUUCAUUUGUUGCAGGCUCUCAACUUUUUCAUGCUUUUUGAGGUUGCUGAAUAAAUAACAAGCAAACAAUAACGUGAACAAUUGUGUACAAACAUUGCAUUUGGUUUAUGGCUAGCCUAUAACUAAUCAAUUACAAUAAAUUCAACCACAGCAGCUAUUGCACAUUUGUUUAUAGCACUGGUUAGGAUUAAUAACUUAAUUUUCAUAUUUUUUUUUUUUUUAGAUUUAAAUUAAGUACAAUGACUCAAGCGUAAUUAUUUAAUGGAAAAAGUUCUAAACUCAUUCAAGUCUAAAACAAAACCGAAGCAUGACGAGCAUUUCUGGCAUCUUUAAAUUCAGAAGGAAAGAAAAAGGAAUUCAGACACAAUGUGUGUGAAUGUUUUCAAACAGUUUAAUCAUACAUAAACUAAAGAUAAACUACCAGAUGACUGCUUCAUGGGUGUCCGUUCUGCUAUAUUUCUGUAGAGACAGUAGUGUGAAAUCCUUAACCAAUACAUUUCAGACAUUUAAUCAGUUCUGCACUCUCUACACUUCCAAUGAAAACCACACAACUUAAAUGACAAAAC